AUGGCGAUCUCCUUGCGAUAUUGGGCUUCAUAUACUGAGGGUCGUGUAAAACUACAACGGCGGUCAGAGAACUCUGUGAAUAGUAACCAUGUUCUCAGAUUUCUCUAUGAUGAGGAAAAUCGGGUGAUUACGGGAACAGUUCAAGCCAGCAUGAGGAACUUAGCAUACAAAGUAAUGAUUGAAUUGGAUGAUGAUAUCGUUAAAUCUUCUUCCUGUGAAUGCGUCUUGAGGGAUUACUCAUGUCAUCAUGUUGAUGCAGUUCUUCUCUUUGGAUACAAGAAUGUUAGUAAGACUGAUGUGAGAUGUAGUUGGUUGAAACGCCCAAAGUCUCAACCUAAGAAUAUUGAGACAAUUGAGGAAAUGUAUCCACCUUCUGAUCCAAUUUAUAGUGCUCUUUCACGACCAUUUGAUGAUAGUGAUCAUGAGGUGUUGUAUCAAAUGCUUGGAAAUCUUGGGCGGUUUACUGCACUCCACUGGAUUCUUUCUCCUGAGACUCCCAUACAGCAACCACCUGUCCCACUGUUGGAAGACCUUUUAUUGUCAGAAGACUUUCUUCAUGUUAAUGAUCAGGAUAACUGGCUCCGUCAGCAACUUAAGGUCACUAGCCACAUCAUUGAAACCACAGUUGAGAAAACUAAGGGGCAGAGGACUAAUGCAUUGUGGGCAGCAGUUAGGAAGUUGAGAAUUACAGCUUCUAAUUUUGGACAAGUUUUAAGAGCUGUUAGACUGAAAAGGAUUAGUAAGUCUUUGAUGAAAAGAUUGCUGUCUGCCUACGACUUGGAGAAGUGUGCUGCAAUAGCAUGGGGGAUAACCAACGAAAAGAUGUCCAUUGAAAAAUACACUGUCUUAGGGGCAUCUGUACAUGAAACAGGAUUGUGGCUACAUGAAUCUGGAGUUAUAGGGGCUUCUCCAGAUGGCAUUGCCAAUCAUCAGCCAUGUUGCCCACCAGAUAUUCUGCAUUUCCAGUCAGAAGCAGCUAAGUACUUGAAACCUGGCCUGAUUGAAGUUAAGUGCCCAUACUCAGCUAGAGAUAUGAAGAUAGCAGAUGCAGUUGAAGUUGUCAAAGAAUUUUCCCUUGAAAAAGUAGCUGAUCAAUUGCAUUUAAAAGAAAACACUGAUUAUUAUCACCAAGUCCAAGGACAACUUCAUAUUGCAAACAAAAUGUGCUGUGAUUUGGUAGUAUGGACACAGGAAGAUCUCGCAAUUAUCCGUAUUGCAAGGGAUGAUAACUGGGCGAUAAAUAUUGAAAAACUCAUCGAUUUCUAUUUUCAUAAGUUUAUGCCAGAAGUGAACAAGACAUAGAAAUUAUUUUGUUUCUGUACAGUGCAAUUCAAAUUGUUUAAUGCUGUGCCUUCUGUCAUUGAUCUUAGAAAUUUAUUUUAUCCCAGUUCUUGCAAUGUAAAAAUGUUUAACUUUUCUAUAAUGAGAUCCUCAUAUAUGUUUCAUAUCCAUUCAAAUUUUUUUCAUUUGAAAGCAAGAUUAAAGUCAUUACGUCAUCACCACUCAUUAUUUUCAGAAAGGAAAUUUUCAUCCAGCAAUAUAGUUUCUUUAAAAAAAACAUUUUGAAGUUUCAAUUGCAUACCAUACAGCUUAGACUACAUUCAUAUGAAUAAAUGUAUUGUCAAUAGUUUU